GCCAUGCCCAUGUAAAGCCAUGGCGACCACCUGUCUGUUACAUAGGCAUUGGGUUGGUAAACAAUGGGUACCUGCUCUUGGCUGCUGGAAUGGCUUAUCAUCUUCCAGGGGAAUCUCUUCCUCUAGACUAAUAGAAAUCGGUUGUAUGAAUAAGCCAAAGUUGUAUGAAAGCUAUUCAUCAGGUCAGCACUUUCUGCACCGAGUGUUUGGGUACCGUGGAGUGAUACUCUUUCAUUGGGUCUCUCGGGUUUACGAUCAUGACAGGCACCAAAAACCUUCCAAUGUUGGUAAAUGGGAUGAAGACUGUAUGUCUGGGGAAGUCAUGAAGGAACUAAAACCCGAACAUCAAACGUUUUAUCAAGUAUUGAUAGAUCAGAGGGACAUAUCACAAAGGACAUCUCGAAACGCUGUUACGCUGAGUUCUGUAUCUAAUAAAAAGAAGUUAUACUGUAUACCAGGAUUAGACUAUGUGAAUCACGAGGACAUACUCCCUUAUACCCCGAGUCCCAAUGCGCUGGUCCAACAUAAACUCUUUCAAACCUUCUUUUCUCCUUCUACUGAUGGUAAUUCACCAAUAAUUACAAAGGACUUCCUCUCCUCUUGGCAUCAGAAGCACAUUUGUUGGUUGGAAAGGAUUGAAAUACAUAGAGAGACUACCUUUAACAUCAGGAUCACUGUGAUGCCAUUUUAUAUGGGAGCAAAAGUACAAGAUGAAAUAUUGUCUACGGAAUAUUGGUGGCAGUAUUGUAUUAGACUGGAGAAUAUCAGUGGAUCCACAGUGCAGCUGCGUAAGAGGCACUGGCGUAUUUAUAAUAGGACAGAGUCUUUACUGGAAACUGUUAAAGGAGAAGGUGUGGUAGGACAGCAGCCGAUAUUGUCAAUAAGGCAACCAGCAUACCAGUACAACUCGCACGUGUCACUCAAACAAACAAAUGGACUAAUGUGGGGUACUUUUCAAAUGGAAAGAGAAGACGGUUUUCUAUUUGACAUCAGAAUACCACCUUUCUCAUUGGAAGAAACAUUAUAAUCAACUCUUAUUUAAAGAAUUCAUAAAUUAUUUCCUAUUUAGUGCAUAAAUAGAACACUUAUGGUAUUGUA